CCUCCAUUGAGUGGUGCUAACUAACUGGUACAAUGGAUAGCUGGAAUCAAGUUACAGAGGUUUUCACAAUUUACCAGCUGCCACAGAGACUGACGCAAGCUCGCGGAGGAAGGGGGACUGGCACGGAGCAGAACAAGGCUCUCGGCAGACAAUCGGAACAGGAAGCGAGGAAGGAAAGGGGGCUUUCACCCCGGAGGAAGACUGGCAAACUCGUUGGGAUUGUGAAAAGACAGGCACACAGUAGCUGCAGAGACCACCCAUUGUCCACCAAACAUCUGAAAAUGAACGUGACCCUGUCAAACACUUCCAUCAAGUGUGUUCGGGACACCAGUGUGACAGCCGUGGUCUUCCCCUGUCUGUACAGUGUCCUCUUUGUCGUCGCCUUGAUACUGAACUCCCUGGCAGCAUGGAUCUUCUUCAGCAUCCCCAGCACUUCAACAUUUGUGGUUUUUCUAAAAAAUGUGGUGGUGGCCGACUUGCUGAUGACCCUGACCAUCCCUCUGAGAGUCUUAAGUGACGCAGGCGUGGGUUCCUGGCGGCUCCGUGCCUUCCACUGCCGAUACUCAGCCGUCCUCUUCUACAUCACCAUGUACAUCAGCAUCCUUCUGCUUGGCCUCAUCAGUCUGGACCGUUAUCUGAAGAUCGUCAGGCCCUUUGGGAAGUGUGCUCUGCAGCGGGUCCGAGUGGGUCAAGUGCUGAGUGCGCUGAUCUGGGUGGUGAUGCUUUCUCUCGCACUGCCAAAUGUUAUCCUGAGUGAUCAGCCACCACAGGUGUCUGGAGGCCGACUGAAGUGCACCUCCAUGAAGAGCAGAGCUGGCCUGCUGUGGCAUGAAGGAUUCAACUACUUCUGUCAGGUGGUUUUCUGGGGUACUCUGGCCUUGAUGGUGGUUUGCUACACGUUCAUCAGCAAGAAAGUUUAUGAGUCAUACAAAGCAUCAAAGAGCAAAUCACACGCCGCCACUCGCAGAACUAAAGCAAAGGUAUUUGUGGUUGUGGGGGUGUUUUUCAUCUGCUUUGCCCCCUUCCACUUUGCACGUGUGCCCUACACUCUGACUCAGACGGGCAGCAUGGCGAGCCACUGUCGAGCUCAGAACGCACUCUACAUUGCCAAAGAAACCACCUUAUGGCUGUCAGCCACAAACGUGUGUCUGGACCCGCUGAUCUAUGUAUUCCUCUGUAAGGUUUUUCGGAAAAGGCUGACAGCCGCACUUUGUCAUAAGCCGCUACACAAAGGUACCAUGGAGUCUGCCACGGCCACGUCAACUCAGAUGGAGAUGUCACAAAUGGUCCAAAGUAACCGUCUGUCAUGUAACGGGAUGUCACAGUAACUCACAGGACAAUGGACAAUGAGACGUGAUUAAAAACUGUAACUGUCGAGGCAGAAAGAGGCCUGAAGGAAUGUGCUAUCGUACAUGUAAAUACGACUUGAUCUCAGUGACAGAGGCUGUAAAAUAUUGUUGCAAAUGCAGAUGAGAAAAUCGUUCCAACGGACAUUUCUUUGUAAAUGAAAAUGAGCAAACACACCCAUUACCAAUAGUGACUAGUGUUUUUGAUACAGCACUAACCACCAGGCACUUUUAUUUGCUAAGUCAUCCAACACAUUUCCUUUCUUGUGCUUACUAUCAUGGUCUACUUCCUUUUCUGUAAUCUUGUUUAAACUGCACUUUCCCUUCACCAAGUGUUGGCUGAAGGAUGGGGAAGUGGAGCAUAUAAUCAGUCUCCUAUGACUAUACAACACACACACAAUGUAGCAGGGACUGAUAACGAAAGCAGGGGAAUAUGGGUACUGGCUAAAAGCCAUUACUUCUGUGUAUAAAUAACAAUAACUAUAAUAUUAAAAGUAAUAUUUUAGAUACUGCAAUUGUAUAGUGUUUGACUUUCAUGCUGUUAGGAAUAACAGGUUAUACUUUUUUCUGUUGUACUGAUAAAUAAUGUACAAAC